CACAUAUAUAAGAGGGAAUAAAUAAAAUCCCGUUUUUAUCUCCCUUCUUCUCUUACCUUGUUUCAUACUUCUUGUUAUUUUUUGGUUGUUCUCUAUUCACAGAGUUUGUAGAGAAAGAGAAAAAGAAUCAUAUAUUUUUUUUUCUUUUCCUUUAUAUCUUUUCUCUAUUUCUCUCCCUCUGUAUAUUUUUUUUGUUUUGAAUUUUUUUUUUCAUUUUUGUUUUAUUAAUUAAUAAUGAACAUGGAAAAAGGUUCAAUGCAAUCAAAUCUUGAUUGUUUCCUUAAUUGUACAACCCCAUUAGUCCCAUCUCAAGUUCUUCCCAAGAGUGAGAUAAGGAAUUUGAAUAGGUUAUGGCAUCCAUGGGAAAGAGAGAAGGUGGAAUAUUUCAAGUUGGUUGAUCUUUGGAAUUGUUUUGAUGAAUGGAGUGCUUAUGGUGCUGGAAUACCUAUUAGAUUGGAUACAGGGGAAACUUUGGUUCAAUAUUAUGUUCCUUAUCUUUCAGCUAUUCAAAUCUUUACCAGCAAUUCACCUGCUAAUUUUUUAAGGGUAAGAUUCCCUAUCGUGGACCUUGUGGUCCAAUCCUUCCGCGGACCCCAUGCACAGUGGGAGCUUUAGGGCAUAGGACUACAUAUUAAUGGUUAUGGUACUAUGUUGAGUUGGUCAAAAUUUACAAAAGGUGGUUUCUUGGCUUUUGAAUGGUCAUGGGUUCGAGCUGUGAAAAUGGGCUCUUGCAAAAAUGCAGGUAAGCCUCCCUAUCGUAGGCCUUGUGGUCCGGUCCUUCCGCGGACCCCGUGCAUAGUGGGAGCUUUAGUGCAAAGGACUGUCCUAUUAAUGCUUAUGCAGUUAUGUUGAGCUGGUC